AUGGACGUAAUUCACCAAUCUCUGAGUCAACAAACUCUUCAAAGCACCAUUGAAGACCUUCCAGAUGAGGUUCUGGAAUUUAUAUUGGGGUUUCUACCACCCUAUAAAGAUUUACAGAAUUGUAUGAUAGUUUGCAAACGGUGGUACAAUUGUGCACAAAAUGUUUUACAUAAAACUUCAAUCAAAUUGAUCAAAGCUGUGGGGGAAUUUAAUAUAUUAUGGACUAACAUAGCUCCCACUGAUAUGGUGCCAACAAUUACCAAAAGAUUUUCUCAUGCAGCUUGUGUUCUUGAAAAUAAUAUGUAUAUAUUUGGUGGCUGUACUACUAAUGCAACAUCAUUCAAUGAUCUCUGGAGGUUUGAUUUGUCUAAAAGGCAAUGGAUGAGGCCUUUAGCUACAGGUACAUAUCCUGUCCCAAAAGCAUAUACUUCAAUGGUACAUUAUAAAGACUGUUUAGUCGUUUUUGGAGGUUGGACAUAUCCUUCUCAUUCCCAAUAUUACCAGAAUGUUACUAUGUUUAAUGAAAUUCAUUUUUACUGUGUGAAUACUAAUAAGUGGGCACUUAUAAAUGCUAUAAAUAGCCCUCCACCAAUGGCAGGACACUCGGCUUGUAUGAAGGGUGAUGAAAUGGUUGUUUUUGGUGGACUGGUGAUGUCAGCUGCUCAAAAUUAUCAAAUCCAAUGUUCCAAUGAUGUAUGGGUCCUUGAUAUCCCAUUAUUUACAUGGCGGAAACAACCAACUACUAAGCCAAGACCGUCUCCACGAUAUGCACAAUCUCUUAUUUCUUUAGACUCUGAAAGAUUGAUGCUGUUAGGGGGAGUUCAAACAUUACGUAAUCGCUUUGUCUACAGUGAUUGUUGGAUACUGACAAUGAAAGGACCCACUUGGACUUGGAAAGAACUAGCAGUAAAAAAUAAAGAAUGGGCAUCAGCAAAUAUAUGGUGUAACCCAGCAUGCAGGGUUGGUGAUAAGGUUGUGAGCUUAAGUAGAAGUAGAAAUGGUUGGAAUAGUGCAAAACCUUUAGUGACAUCAGCGGUAAGGCUGUCAGGUAUAAAUAGACCUGAAGGAGCACCUGUCUCUGUUCGCAUUGAACAGAGCUUACAAAGGCCUGUGGACCGAGAUCAGAAUAUAAAUGGUAGAAGAGGAGUGCUACCAAGAAGACCCUCAAACCAUCCAAGGCUAGAGCAAGUAAAUCAUGACAAUGAACCAAUUGCUGGUCCAAGCAAUGAGCAGAGGCAAUCUCAAAACCUAGUAGGGAGUAAGGAUCCUAAUUCUGAACAAAAUAGUUUUGGUGCUGGAAUUAGUAAUGGCUUAGAUGCUGGCAAAAAAGAUUUAGCUUUGAGAAGAAACAAAAAUAAGAAUAAGGGAAUGAAAAUAGUAAGACAGUUGCAAGAAGCUAACAAAUAUAGGAUGGCAGCAUUUGCAUGUGAUCCGUCCAGCAACACAGCACCUGAAAAUGAUCUCAUUAAUCAAAGACAAAUAGCUCAUUUAGAAAAUAGAAGAGAACCACUGCCUUCUCCACCCAAUCCUCAACCAAGUCAACCAGCAAUCAAAAAAAUUAAACGUAACACUUUGACUAUGCAUGUGCUUGAUAUUUCAACUGUCCUAAAUGGUAAUGCUUUCAAUUACGUUUCAUGGCUUUGUCCUCGUUUAGGUGAAAUGACUGGUGCUCCUGAAGAGUUAGUUAUGUAUUCCUUGGUAAAAGGAAAUGGGGAACUGAUAAUGUUUGGGGGUGUUCAUAAUGAUAUCAGUAAUUUAAAUUAUUCAGAACAGCAGAGUAUGUACUCAAAUUCAUUGCACUUUAUCUCACCACCCAGAGAUAUAAUAUAA